AUGGUAAUAUGGUCACUUAUUCUAUUUCUGGCAAAUCUUUAGUUCUUAAUAUGUUUGGCUCUCAUCAAAGAUGUUCAUAGCUUUGACAGUUAGGGAAACAGUCAGCAUCUCCUAUAAAUGUCUAAGUAGUUUGAUGUUGGCCCUUCCUUAGUGCUCUCAAAGGAGACAGACUUAAAUGGAAAGUGGGAACAGCAAGUGGGCUUAUUGGGGUCAGAGUUUAAAAGGCAACAGCGGUCAAACAAGGUAUGGUGUAGCUAGCAACUUUUUUAAAGAAGAUGCUUUAAAGCAGGAGUGUGGAAGCUGUGACCAUCCAGAUGUUAUGAUGUUGUUGGACUCCAGUUUCCAUCACUCCCAACCAAUGGUCAGGUACUAUUGGUGCAUGUGCAAAUGACCCACUGGUCUGUCUAGGAGUCCCUUUCCCAUUUUUGACUGAAAUGCCAGCUGCUACUGUUCCUUGAUAGAGAGAGCUUGCCAACAGUGAGCCACAGAAUAACUUCUAACCAUGAUUUCUGUAACGUGCUUUAUGUGCGGCUGCGACUAGUACAAAAAAAAGUUAUUUAGGAAAACCUUUACUUGAAAGUAUUGCACUGGCUGCCAGUUUGCUACUUAGCUAGAUUCAAGGUUUGACUAUUUUUGUAAAAACUUAUAGACAUUUAUGGACUAAGAGGUCUGAGAAGCCGUCUCUCCCAGGGCAGCCUACCUCAGUCGCUGAGAUCUGUGGAUGAAGAUUUGUUCAUGGUGACACAUGCACCUGUUCACAGAGCAUGUUGUGACUUGAGUAUGUGUUCUUAAGCACUGCCACUCCAGUUCCUUGGAAUUUCCUGCCCUAGAAAUGAAGCAAGUUCUAUAUUUUGAUGUUGGUUGAAAACUUUUCUUCCCAAAUUAGCCUCCUUGGUUUUUGCAGCUUUGGCAUCAUGUUUUUAAGGUUGUUUCAUGAUUUGUACUAGGUUUAAAAUGACCAUCUAUAUAGUGUAUUUUUGUAUGCUACACAGGUCUUCUUUGAAUGUAGAGCAGUUUAUACAUUUUGGAAUAUAUGAAUAAAGUGUAUAUAUUUUGCUAACAUAAUUGAUUGAUGUAAGAUCCUCCCCCCUUACUUUGUUGUCUCCUCUUCCACCCCAUUUAUAAAAUAGAUUUAUGGAAAGAAGUUGUGGUUUCUUGCACUUGCUUGCCUAUUUGGUAUCCUAGAAGACCUGAGUAGGAGAGGAAGAGUUGCAAAUCCUGAAGUUCACAUGAAUGUCGUAAGCUACGUAAUCUUUUAUUAAUCUUAUUAGAGGCAGGCCUGAGAUGGGCCUGAAAUGCAGAAGAGCAGCGUUUGUUCCUUCUGUCUUUCCUUCCCCAGUCUAGAACAGGGGUAGCCAAGAAGGUCCCCUCAAGCAACUGUUAUGGGACUCCAAUUCCCAUGAACCUCAGCCCGCAGGACCAAUGGUCAGGGCUUAAUGGGAGUUCUAGUCCAACAACAUCCACAGGGCACCGUGUUGGCAAUCCCAGGUCUAGAACAUCAUGGGGUGGGGAGAUGCAAUUGAGAGUGAUGACAUACAAGCCAUUGGGGAAUGCGGAACAAGCUAAGGGGAAAUGCAAAACUAUUCCUUGAAGUGAUACCAAUGAGCCUGGAAAACAGGAGGCAGAGAGUACCAACACUGCUUCCGAUUUCCUUCCUAGUAUCAUGAGCCUUGUGGAGACUUCUUGACAGGGCUGGCCAGGAGGGAGGAGGGAGGGAUAACGGGGGGGGGGGGGGAGAGAGUUUGAUCCUGGGCCAGUGGCCUGUGAGCAGUGGCGGAGGAAGGGGUGGGGGGGGGGGGCAGAUUGCACCGGGUGCCGUCAUGAGGGGGGGUGUGACAAAAUGCCGGCUGAACUCGAUGCUACCUGUAUAGUGGAACCGAGUGGGGUUGAGUUUCAUCGUGAUGCUGAUGCGUCCCCUUCCCACCUCUGUGGCCAGGUGCAUGCGCAGUUGGCCAGGCCCUGCUCUCCCUGCCUGUCCAUGCACCACCCUCACUUGGGAAGCACUCCUCUCGCAGGCAACCACCUUGCCAGCCGUGUCCCUCCUGCCCGCCUGCCUCUCUCUCUCUCUCCUGGCUCCCUUUCCUCUCCAAGCGCUUGAUCCCUCCUCAGCCUCUGUCCCCACCUGGCUUUGCCUUUCCUUCUCUAGCCGCGGCAAGCAUGUUCCCCCCCCCCCCCCCAGCUACCGUUCCAAUGUCAAACAGCUCUUCCUGUUCUUGCUCAAUUCAUCAAAUGAUGUGACAUAAAAUUUCCUCCGUCCCUCCAAUCAAGGAAUAAGGCAGGGGUGGGAGACCAGCAAAAUGCCAGCGUUUGGUCUGUGAGAAAGUUUUUUUGAACGAAAGGAAGGAGAAGGGGAAGAAAAGAGAACGAAAGCAGAUGCAGAGAGAACAACUGUGACGUCAGCUCAAACUGAACAGAAGGGUUUAGGGAAAUCAUGUUCUGUGAAGGACCUCUCUUCUCCAAAGCAGGCACUGAAAAGGAGAAUAGCUUCCAGUCUCAGAAGCAGGCAGCUUUCCAGUCACUCAGUCCCCUCUUCUUCAGAACUCCUCCUCCUCGCCACCAACUUCCUGGCCAACUUCGCAGAGCUCCCUGGUUACCUCUGGCACAUGGAGACCCACGGAGAUCUCCCCGCUUGGAGAGGCCUCCCCCCCAAAAAAAUCUUACCUCCCUGGAGAUCAGGGAGCAGAAAAGCAAGGGAAGACAGGAUCGGGGCCCCAGGAUUUUUUAUUUUUAUUUUUGCAAAGGUGCUUCUCUACGACGCUGCCCCCCCCUUCCUCCUCCACUGGUUACAACAUCCAGGUAUCACUAAACUGCCAGUCAUUUGACUGUAUGGGCUUCAGGCAGAGCAGCUCUCACUGCAGCUCCUUGUGAGUGAGAAGGUAGGAUGGGGUGGGGGGAAGACUCUUCCUGCUUUCCUUUCAUUCUGUCACCCCCCCCCAUCCUUUCCAUCCUCCCUUCUUUCCCUGUUCUAUGAUGGAUGAAGAUUGCACAGCUUUUCACCCCUCCCCUCCUUAUCUUUGCACUCAGAGACACUCCCCCCCUUCCAUGGGCGUAGCCAGGCUUUAUUGGGGGGGCUAGCCUUUAUGUUAGGGGGCGUGCCCCCUCCCACCCCAAAUUCCAACUCUCUGCUGUGGGGAGGAAACCUUCCGCCUGACUUGCACCAGCAUCCUGCAAGGAUACAAAGGAUUUUCUCCCCACUCACCAUGGGUGUAGCCAGGGGGUGUAGCUGCCCCCUGCAAUCAAGUAAAUAAAUAAAAAUACUUAACAAACCAACCAAUUGCAUUGCAGACAACUCAGUUCUGACCCCCCAACAUAAAUCCUGGCUAUGCCCAUGCCACUCAAUGCAGAGCAUCUGGGCAAACAAUGACAAUACAUACAAAGGAGGUUCAUAGAUAUAGGAGAGGAAUCCCUUCAAUAACUUCCCCUGAUUGCUCUCUGCCUACCUGUUCUCAGGCAAGGGGGAUUAAGGAGGCAGAGGAAAUAUUUAGAGUCUUUAGGAGAGCCAAAAUGGUUUUUGGGUUGCGGGUGGCGUUGUGGUCUAAGCCACUGAGCCUUGAGCUUACCGAUCAAAAGUUUGACGGUUCGAAUCCCCGCGACGGGGUGAGCUCCCGUUGCUCGGUCCCAACCUAGCAGUUCGAAAGCACCUCAGACUGUAAGUAGAUAAAUAGGUACUGCUUCAGUGGGAAGGUAAACGGCAUUUCUGUGCGCUGCUCUGGUUUCGCCAGAAGCGGCUUAGUCAUGCUGGCCACAUGACCCGGAAGUCGUUCGCGACUGGACUUAACUGUCAAGGGUCCUUUACCUUUACCUUUACAAGUGUUAAACUUCUAAAAAUUAGAAGUUCUGCCUUAAUAGCCAGGAAGGAUAGAAGAUACGGAAAAGGAAAGGAAAAGGAACUAAUCAAUGUGCUGCCUGUAAGUAAGGAGAGUAAUCUAAUUUGCAAGUAGGUGACCUAUAUGUCUGCACAUAGCUGGUUAUUUAUUUGACUAAUCAAAUUAUAUUGCGUCAUUUGAUGAGAGGAUAUUUGCACUGCUGACACAAUGUUGUUCCUUUGUUUUAACCAAAUAAGGUGAAUCAAUUCUGAUCUAUAAUACCCUUGUUAGUCAUCAACUCCUACACCUUACCUCUGCCCAAGGGAAGCAUGGAUGUAUUUUGGAAAAUUCAAUAGCACACAGCAUUAGGUCAUAGUAGAGAGAAAACACUCUGUUGAACAAAAAUGGCACCACUUGAUCAGCGUUGUCUACAUACCAGCAUGAAGAUGCAAGGUAGAGAAAAGUGCCAUUUGCUGAAUUUCAGCUAGUCAUAAAGUUCUUUAAAAACGCAGGAGCUUCAUCAGAGACAGAAAGCUGCAUACUGUUACUUGGACUGCAUCAUCAGUGUUUUUCCCAAGCCAGAAAAAAAAAGGGAUGCAUACACAUAAUACAAUGUGAGAAGAAUGUCCCCAAGUUGGAGGCUUCCCAUACGGUAUUUCCAGCUUCUGCUUUUAGUUGUGGUGUGUUUGCUCUGACAAUUCACCUUGCCCCUCAUGAGAUAUUUUGUGUGUUUCAUAUUGUUACAGAAAUUCUAGGGUCUCAAAUACAUAAUAAAUGUUGAUAAUUGCACAAGGUAAACACACAUGCAUAAGUACAUAAACUGCAUGUUUAAAGUAGUACAGGUAAAGGUAAAGGUAAAGGGACCCCUGACAGUUAAGUCCAGUUGUGAAUGACUCUGGGGUUUCGGCGCUCAUCUUGCUUUACAGGCCAAGGGAGCCGGCGUUUGUCCGCUCCGCAAACAGUUUUUCCAGGUCAUGUGGCCAGCAUGACAAAGCUGGUUCUGGCACAAUGGAACACCAACACCAGAGCAGCACAUGGAAGCGCCAUUUACCUUCCCGCUGGAGCGGUACCUGUUGAUCUACUUGCACUUUUUGGCACUUUUUGGGAGCUCACCCCGUUGUGGGGAUUCGAACCGCCGACCUUCCGAUCGGCAAGCCCUGGGCUCAGUGGUUUAGACCACAUACCGUACCACCCAUAUUUUUACCAAGACUUAUAUAGUUCAUAUGCCCUGGCUUAUGUAUUUAUACAGUGUAUUUAUAUUCUGUCAAACCUGAAUAAAAAUAGCAGAAAAUGUAAGACAAAUAAGCAUGGUCCACUGAUUUUAUGGCUACUUCCUCUGAAGCACCUUUAAAGGUGCUGUCCUUUAAAGCCCUAAAUGGUCUCGGUCCAGUAUACCUGAAGGAACAUCUCCACCCCCAUCGUUCUGCCUGGACACUGAGGUCCAGGCAGAGGGCCUUCUUGGUGGUGGCACCCACCCUGUGGAAUGCCCUCCCACCAGAUGUCAAAGAGAAAAACAACUACCGGACUUUUAGCAGACAUCUGAAGGCAGCCCUGUUUAGGGAAGCUUUUAAUGUUUAACAGACUAUUGUAUUUUAAUAUUUUGUUGGAAGCUGCCCAGAAUGGCUAGGAUAUAAAUGAUAACUAUGAGUAGAUCACAGUUUCUUGAGAGUUGGCCACCCCUGUUCUAUGCUUAUUAACCGAGUGGUGAUUCUUAUUGUAGCUAAAACAGUACCAUCCAUGCAUAAAGAGGGAGAUGUCAGCAGGCUUGAAGGAAUCCAGAAUUUGGGAGGAAGUCCUUUGUGUGUGUGGGGGGUGACAAAUAAUUUUCCACACCGGGUACCACCUGUCCUUGCUACGCCACUCCUGUGAGGCCUGGAAUGAGGGAAGGCCCGAGCCUCUGUCCUGCCAAGACAUCCCAAAUGCCAAAGAAGAGCUGUCUGACUUGAUCUCAGCGCUGCCUCCUGCCAGCGAAGCACUACCUGCCUCUGGGGUCAUGCCUGAGGGCUCAUCCACACUUCUGCUUGUCCUGUGCCUUGAAAACAUGGGUCUGAGUGGUUUUCUGCUUGGCCCUAACCUUCUAGGAAUUGGUCCAAUGGAUUUUCCCCUUGCCUCGCUCCUUUCCCAUGGAAAAACAACUCUUUAGCCCUAAAUUGGAGCAAACGUCAAUCUGGAUAAAAUCCGAAUUGCCGUCCGCUCUUAUUGAAUGCUAAAGAGCUGUUUUCCAUAGGGAGAAGUGGUGGGACAAGAAGAAGUGUCGCUAAGACCUGAGUCUAAAUCUGACAGUAAACCAAAAUUAGCAGCAUCAACCCACAUCUGUCUCUGAGGAUUCAACAUCAGUUGCACAGCUCAACUGCUGUAAACAAAGGCACACCUUUGAUGAAAUUUACAUGUGAAUAUCACUAUGUACAACUCAACAAUUUGUGUACAAAAGUGCACAGAUGGUACACUUGUUGAAUGUAGUGUAUGAAGAUAUCUGUAGCUCUUAAACAAGAAGAGAACAGACAGAAGAAACUCAACCAUCUCCUGUGCCAUCUGGUGACUAAACCAUAUAAUGACACUGUUCACAUACUGCUUAAAUGUCUCCUCCCUGGCAGAUAGAUUAAACCAUUCCGAAUCAAAAGCUCUCAGCAUUUUAUUUUAUUUUUUUUCUUUUCAGAGUGAGGUGAUUUCCUACAAUGGAUACCCCAGCGAAGAGUACGAAGUGUUAACGGAUGAUGGCUAUUAUUUGACAAUUAACAGAAUACCCUUUGGGCAAAAAAAUCUUCCAGUGGGAGGUAUCUUGUUAUGUGUGUUUAACAACAGCAGCAACAACAACAACAAAAUCCAUAGUCUAUCAGCUGAACAUACUUACCAUAUAGUCCUCCCCAUAAGUGAGAACCCUGACUUUCCAGGACCACAUGGAGGCAUCCUCAUGGAUGCACAUGGAAGCACAUUGAGCAGGGCAUGCUUCCAAGCUCCCAUGAGACUUUCCAGGAAAGACAGUUAGAGGGCAGACAUGUCCAGUGUUGGCUGGGGCUUUGGGAGCACAGCUGGUGGGUGCCUGCCUGUCUCCCAUUCCCAGUUUAAUCCCUCACAAAUAUUUUGAAUGCUUGAAUAGCGCUUUGCUAACAAGCCUCCUCUACAAUCAAGGCUCAAUUCCAUGCCAUUGGAUGAGGCCACAGCCCAACCAACUUAUGGAUGUAAUGUACCGUAAUAUAAAGAAUGUUUUAGGAAUAUGGGAGAUUCAGCAAAAACAUCUUUAUUACCAGGGCACAGAAAUUCUCGUCUGCUUUGUUAAAACAAAGACUUUGUUUUCAAAACAGGUUCCAAGGCUGUUGUGUUGUUGCAACAUGGAUUGCUUUCAGAAGCUAGCUACUGGGUUGAAAAUUUGGCCAACAACAGCUUUGGAUUCAUAUUAGCGGAUGCUGGCUAUGAUGUUUGGCUGGGAAACAGCAGAGGGUCAAGCUGGUCUCAGAGACACCAGAAUUUGUCAACUGACCAAGAUGAAUUUUGGGAUUUCAGGUAGUUUGAACAAAAAAGAAACAGCUUUACAGCCACUGACAAUGUUAUCUCACACUUCAACUAUGCUGACCUAUUCAUCACUGUUGGGACAUAGGUUGUUAGCCAAUCAGCUGUGAUACAGUACCAAAUUAUGAAGGUAAAAAGGUAAAGGUACCCCUGACUGUUAGGUCCAGUUGACUCUGGGGUUGCGCACUCGUCCUGUUCUAUAGGCCAAGGGAGCUGGCGUUUGUCAGCAGACAGCUUCCGGGUCAUGAGGUCAGCAUGACUAAGCUACUUCUGGCGAACCAGAGCAGUGCACGGAAACACCAUUUACCUAGUUAUCUACUUGCACUUUGAUGUGCUUUUGAACUGCUAGGUUGGCAAGAGCUGGGACAGAGCAAUGGGAGCUCACCCCAUCACGGGGAUUUGAACUGCCGGCCUUCUGAUCAGCAAGCCCUAGGCUCUGUGCUUUAGACCACAGCGCUACCCACAUCCCAAUUAAGAAGGUAGGUAAUAUUAAUGAAAUUUCCAAGCAUAGUCAAAUCUCGGUUCCCAAACACCUCUGUUUUGGAACAUUUUGGCUCCUGAACACCGAAAACCUGAAAGUAAGUGUUCUGGUUUUUGAACUUUUUCAUAAGCCAAACAUCUGACGCGGCUUCUGCUUGAGUGCAAGAAGCUCCUGCAGUCAAUCAGAAGCCGUGCCUCGGUUGUCGAAAAUUUUGGAAGCUGAACGGGCUUCCGGUACAGAUUACGUUGUUGGAAUGUAUUUAUUCUGAUGGCAUGGUUCAAGCAAACAUGGUUCAUUUACCUGAGUAUUGUCUACACUGACUGGCAGUCACUGGGGAUCUUCACACUUUACAGGCUUUUUCUAUGUGUGAUUCCCCUUCAUGAGUUUCAGGUAUGAAGGAAACUCUUUUCUUGUGUGUGGGGUGUGUGUGAUUUUUAGUGAUGUUCUGUUGCUGGAACCCAUAGCUAAAAAAAUUAAAGUGGAGAGUAGAGAUGGUGGCUCCAUCAUCUCAUUCCACGCACACAUUUCAAACAAAACUUCCCAGAAGGCAACUCUAGAGAAAACAGGGGUGGUGCAUCCCAUUUCACCACUUGAAACGGGAAGUGGUGCCCCACUAUGUACCCACUUCCAUUGGCACCACCACCAUGAUCCCACUUCCACUGGCACCACCUCUGCCCACCCUCCACACACUCUUCGCCACUGGAGGAGAAGCGGCAUUGGCACUGGUUUAUGGUGCAAUCUCGCCAGAUCUCACUGAAAUCUCACCUGAUCUCUCAUGCUCCAUGAGAUCUCACCAUAAAUGAGUGGCCAAUGCUGACACCACUUCUCCACCAGUGGUGGAGGUGGCAAGGUGUGAGGGGUACUUGCAAGGCUGCUGCCUCAGGGGCUUCCACCACCUGAGGCAGCUGCUUCACCUCACUUCAUGAGUGGACCGGCCCAAAGGUGAAAUAUUUGUGAGCUCAUAGGAGUCACAAAUUUUGCAAUAAAAUUUUAAAAGCCCAAUCUUAUUUCCCAAUUACUAUUUCAGUUUCCAUGAAAUGGGCAUGUAUGACCUUCCAGCAGUGAUCAACUUUAUUUUGAAGAAAACUGGGCAGAAGCAACUGUAUUAUGUAGGCUACUCUGAAGGUGCUAGCAUUGGUAUGUUAAAAUUGAACAAUCCCAUCUCUUUCUCCCUUUCUCUCUUCUCUCCCCCCUCUCUCUGUUGCUCACUUUGUCCUGUGUUCUGCUGUUUUGGAUUCUAGAGGCAGCUGUUCCACUAUAUGCUGCUCAUCCCCUUUUUCUUUGUUGGGAGUCAGUCUUGCACCAACCCUGGCAUUGUUGUGUCUGCAUUCCCUUUGUGGCCUUGCUUGACUCCACUAUGGAGUACAUAGGGCUUUUCAGGAAAAGUGGGAAGACAGCUGUUUGGAUAGAGAAAGUUGUAUGGUGUCAAGCCACAUUGAGUCCCAUCAGAGAAAAGGGCAGGAUAUUUAAAUAAAUGAUGAUGAAAAUAGAUAGAUGAUAGAUAGAUAGAUAGAUAGAUAGAUAGAUAGAUAGAUAGAUAGAUGAUAGAUAGAUGGUAGAUAUAGAUAGGGGACAGAAAUCACCAGCCUGAACGUAAGAUACAUCCAAUGGCCUGUCUUCAACUAGUCCUCUUGUCUCCACCACCCAUCAGCUUCAAAAGAGGGGAGGAAAGUGGUUCUGAAGUUAGGUGACGGAACCUUAAAACGUGCCCCAUCAUCUACCAUAAGAGCUCUGGCCCUGCUGCAUACGUACACCUAGAGUUCACAAUUUCUCAGAGUGAGAUUGAUUUAAAGGCUUUUCGGUAACAAGAAAAUGUGCUUGCACCAUUUACCUUAGACUAUCUUUCCAUUGCAGUACAGUGGUGCCAGUUCUUAUAUCAAGAAAGACCUACAGGAUCUGAGUGCAGUCUAGAACGGCUACGACUAUGUAGUUUUUGGUAGCUCAAGGGGCAGAGUUCAUCUGCUCAUUCACCUGAUGAGCAUAUAAUUAAGAGGGAAACUUAUUUCGAGAACAGAACAAUCACAUGCCACUUUCCUGGCAAGUGGCUUGAAAGUUGCAGUGGUAGAGGUGGCACCCGGGUUUCUCCAUCCUUGGUAGAUCUAUUGCUAUCCCUCAAUUUCCUCCCAGCAGCUGCAGUGAUCAUUUAGAAUACAUAUGGGGAAUCUGUAGCCCUCCAGAUUGCUGUCAGACUCCAGCUUCCAUCAGCCCCAGUCAAUAAUAUCAGGCCAGCCACAGGCUCUGCAUCUCUGCUUUCAGGUCAGGGAAUACCCUUUUGGUAAACUGGAGAAUCACUUAACAUGAUUCUAAAUGCUCACUGUGUUUUUCUCCCUCCCUCUUUCUCCUUAGGCCUCAUAGCAUUUUCAGCCAUACCAGAGCUGUCUCAAAAAAUCAAAACAUUCUUUGCCCUGGCUCCUGUGAUUUCUCUUAGGUAUGCAACAAGUCUUCCUUUCGAACUUGGUGUCUUUCUUCCUGAAUAUUCAUCCAAGGUACUGGUCAGUCACUAUUUCAUGACUAAUGAAAUCAAGAAAUGCAAAGCUAAUGGGACCCUAAAAGUCACUUCUACCAUAAAUCGGUGACAAAUAUUUCUAGUUACUCAUCUAGGUUACUGUGUGCAAGAAAAGAAAGAUUCUAUAAACUGCAUGUAUCUAUAGAAGAAUAUAACAGACUACAAUUUUUGCAGAAAUGUUGUGUUCCCCUGAGAUAAUUCUGAAUGCAGGGCAAGUUAGAAAUAUGCUAGAUAAAAGGUAAAUUUGAUUUACACGCAAUUCAUGCACUGCAAAAUUUCAUCUACAAUAAAAUGUGUUCGAGAACCAAUCACAUCAAUUGCCUUUACUAUUACCGUAUUUUUCGCUCUAUAAGACGCACCAGACCACAAGACGCACCUAGUUUUUGGAGGAGGAAAACAAGAAAAAAAAUAUUCUGAAUCUCAGAAGCCAGAACAGCAAGAGGGAUCGCUGCGCAGUGAAAGCAGCAAUCCCUCUUGUUGUUCUGGCUUCUGUGAUAGCUGCGCAGCCUGCAUUCGCUCCAUAAGACGCACACACACUUCCCCUUACUUUUUAGGAGGGAAAAAGUGAGUCUUACAGAGCAAAAAAUACGGUAAUUUCAGCGAGCUGUCGAUUGCACUGUCAAUGAAACGAAGAAAGUAAACUGAAAUACAAAGAAACUAAAGUUUAAAUAGAUCAGUUCUUGGGAGGGAUGUGCAUGUGUCAGGUGUGUCUGCUGCACACCCAGAACGGGAUGGAGGAGAAAUUUAAUACAACUUGCAUUUAUAAGCAAAUGUACCAAAUACGCACUUUCGAAAACAAUAUACAAACAAAUUCAGCAUCCCUGCAAAAAGUCUGCUCACCUUUCCCCAGUGGGUGGCAUUGCAGCCGGGCAGCCGGGUCACAACAGUCGCUUAGGGGGUGGAAGGUUGCCACCUCUUACCUACAUCAUGCCAGCUGCAUUGUUGUUGCUGGGGUUCUGCCCUCAUGGGACAGCACCAGCCAAUCAGCUCUCAGUAUGAGUGUGGCCACGGGCGAGUUAACCACGACACAGCCAGCCGUUACCCUCUCUCUCGCCCCAUCGCCGGAUCACCUGACCCACCCACCCUCUUUUCAUGCUAUGCUCAGAUAUGACCUUGCGAUGGACAAUUGUCGGUUGCUAUAUUGUUGGGGCUAGGUAGGAAUUUUUUCACUUGGCAAGUUGGCACCAGCCAAUUGGUUUUCGCCCACCUAGUAGCAAUCGUCACAGCUUUUCUGAGGUUAGGCAUUGGGUGAGACUUUGUUUGGAUGGAAGGGAGGUUGUAGCCUUCGCCUGUCCCCCUCAGGAAGGUUAUCAUGUUAAAGGGAUCCAGGGUGUGAAUCCUGUCCAAAGCCUAGGCGUGGGCUAGAGCCAUGUCACAGCCCUUACAGGGACCCCUUGGGCAGCAGCAGAGCAAGCCGAUUGGACGCCUGGGUUGGCUCGUGGGGGGGCAGCAGGGGCAGGACACUCCGCAGGGCCUCCAAGUUUGCCUGCCUCCUCCCCCUCAGCCACCCUACAGCUGAGAGGGAAAUGGCGGGUGGACAGUUUGGGGCAGCGUGGAGCCUGCAGGCACCCAAGCCACAGCGUUUCUCCCAGUCUUUCUCCACUGAGGGGGGUGACAAACUGGCGGGCGGCACUCACUGCGGGGCCUGCAGCGUGCUGAGCCACGCAUCUCAGAGACCCUGCACGCCAGUUUGUAACCCCCCUCAGUGGUGACACCCAGGGCGGACCACACCCACUGCACCCACCUUGCGAUGCCCCUGCCCUCGCGGUGCCCCUAAUUAUGGUUUACCCUUAAGUGGACUCCCUGCAGGUGGGCAGGAGUCAAGAUACAGCCUGGUUUCACCCCAGGCCCUAAGCCAAACCACUCACAUCCGUAACCAAUUAAGUUGUGACCUAUUUGAACCCAUAAACCUAUAUAUUUUGUGUCAGUGUGCUUUAUUGUUCUCCUGGGCACUUUGUGGCUCAGGUGCCUUGGCACGCAAUUGCUCAUUUCUCAAAAAUUCCUAAUCUGAAGUAAAAUGUGCAAAUAAAUGUGUACAUUAAUUAAAAUAGCUUCUGGAAUGCAUUAUAAAGGGAGAAAUGCUAUAAAAAAUUGUAUGUGCUAGACAGAAUUACAUAUUUAAAAAGUGUUUAUCUGGGAAAUGGACAUUGACAAUUUUCAUGUGGACUUUUUUAAUAAAAAAUUUGCAAACUAACAUGGAAGUGUGAAGAACUGAACUUAAGAGUGGGAAAUUGAGAAACCGAGAGAAAUGUAAUUGUCAGAUUCAUCCAUCCACAUGUUUCCGAGCACAAUUCUAAGUGUUGUUGCUGACCUUUAAAGCUCCAAAUGGCCUCGGUCCAGUAUAUCUGAAGGAGCGUCUCCACCCCCAUCGUUCUGCCCAGACACUGAGGUCCAGCGCUGAGGGCCUUCUGGCGGUUCCCUCUCUGCAAGAAGCCAAGUUACAGGGAACCAGGCAGAGGGCCUUCUCGGUAGUGGCACCUGCCCUGUGGAAUGCCCUCCCACCAGAUGUCAAAGAGAACAACAACUACCAGACUUUUAGAAGACAUCUGAAUACAUUUAGGGAAGCUUUUAAUGUUUAAUAGACUAUUGUAUUUUAAUAUUCUGUUGGAAGCUGCCCAGAGUGGCUGGGGAAACCCAGCCAGAUGGGCGGGGUAUUAAUAAAUUAUUAUUAUUAUUAUUAUUAUUAUUAUUAUUAUUAUUAUUAUUCCAACCUUCCUUUGUUAAGUAGAUCAGACAGAUUAUCCUUGCAAGCUUCCUCACAAUUAGAACCAGGCAUGUUCAGCUGAAUGGUCUUACAAUCCCCUUUCAGCUUUCUCACUGAAUGUAGCAGGGUUGGAGAUGGAAUAGGUGCCCCUGGUGCAUGCAGGGACAUUGGGGUCACAAUAUAGGUGCCCCCUCCCACUCUCCAAUUUUAACCUUUUAAGAGGUGCAAACAGCAACAAGGAAAUCUCUAGAGACACAGCUAAUUCUGCAAAUGAAAACAAUUGAAGUUCAAUAUAAGUAACACUUUUUGCGAGCCCACGUGCUAAACCCUGUCCCUGGAGCCUACCCCCCAAAAAUGAGACAUGACAAGAGUGUAUGGGUUUAAAAUUAGGCCACACCUUUAUUGAAUUUCAGAUGUAGGAACCUUGGCUUAGGCCUUGGAAGGGAUCCCUCUCAUACCCUACAGGGGCUGAGGAUGCGCAGGGCAGUCGGACAAAAACAAUUAAAGUUCAAUAUAAGUAACACCUUUUAUAUCUUUGCAGGGGCUGCUUGUCAGAGGAGAAUUUUACCUGCCUUACAAGGCUUUGAAAUACUUCAUCAACACAAUGUGCAGUGUUGCACUACUGCAUACAGGCUGUGCAUAUAGCAUUUUCCUUCCGGGUGGAAUCAAUUUUACAAAUAUAAAUAUGGUAUGUAGACGUGUGAAGAAGUCACAGUAGCUAAUUACUGGUUUGCUGAAUUUUCAUGAGGUUCCAUUUUUCAGGGGUGAAAAGCCCCAUGGAAAAUUGAAAGCUCACUUAGAGGAAGACUGAAGUCAGGUAUACAUUGAAAGCAAGUCUCACUGAGCAGAAGGGAACUUACUUCUGAGUAGAUGUGCCUAGCAUUGCCCUAUUACAGCACCCUCCUACACAUGUCUAUUCAGAUGCAAGUCGCAUUCAGUUCAAUGGGAUUUAUUGUCAUGGAAAUGGGUGUAGCAUUGCAGCCACUGACUUUUACUGGUUUGGGGGUUGGGGUUGCACAUUACUGGAGCCCUGAUAUGAUCUGAUUUUAGAUCAGAAAGCGUUUUUUAAAAAACCAACCAACCAACCAAAACAAAUAUGCCUUCAUUUCUACUAUACUUCCAAUGUUUUCUGGAAUUGCUUGCCCAAAUUUCACUUUGUAAAACGGCUCAAGUUCUUAUUCUGGUCCCUUUUUCAAUCAGAUGUAUCUCCCUAGUUCCCUAUUACCACCACAAGGUGGUGCUAUCCCAGGUGCUUGUUUCUGUCUUUGGCAUGCGAGAGAAGUAGAUGGAGCAGCUGCCAACUGAUAUUUCAUGUGACACAAGACCCGGGAAAUUAGCAUAAAUAAAACAAUAAAUGUUCUGUACUGGAAAGAGGGGUGUGGGGGUGUAUGGGGAGGGGUAGUACCUCUGAUGGGGACAUGUCAUGUUCCUUCUGGGGUAGUUUGUCCACCUUUGCCCCCCCCCCCGCACUGAUCUCUUACUUGUGGCUCCUAGAAGCUGUCAGCUUUGCCAGUGGCCACACUCCAGGAACAGCUUCGACUGGCUGUUUAAACCAGGUGAGGGUAGUUGAUGGGUCUCAAACCCUCAGUGAGUUAGGGGCUUCCCUUGCAUGUGAGCAGACCAAUAGUGGGUCCAGCAGUCAAGAAGGUAUUUUUUUGCACAUGCUCCAGAGAGAAGUGAGGGGCAGAUGGGGCUCAUCAACCUGGGAAAGUAGCCCCUCUAGGAAAAGGAAGACUCUGAUCCUAAACAUCUGUGCCAUGUGGGAUAUCUUCAGAAGAAGAAAAGGCUGAGUAAGCCCUACGCAAAUCCGAAGACAGUUUGGAUGGUGCCUUGUACACCUCCUUCCAGCAACUCCUGCAGCCAAACUGGUGCCAAAUGUAUUGCUCUGCUUUCCUUUGGACCACAUCAGCAAGGCCGAGAGAGGGGUCUUGUUAUUUGGGCAGCCUCUAUGCACAUUGCCCAGACUUGCACUCCAAGGAGGUGACUUUAGCAGUAGCUAACGCACUGCGGGGGUGCACUCUACCCACUUCUCAAGACAAACAGAUGCCAACAACUGCAAAGAAAAGAAACAUGGAGUGAUCACAUACAUUUGAAGCCAUGCACGUCUGGUGUGUUUCACCCCAAUUUUGUUCUACUUACUUUGGGAUUCCUCAUGGAGUUGGCAUGCCUAAUCCUGUUUUCAUAGUGGCCAACCUGAUUCCUAUAGGAAAUCCACAAGCAGGGCCUCAAUCUCCCUAGUCCUUUUCUCCAGCAACUGCUACUCAGAGGUAUAUUGCCUCUGUCAGUAGAGACAUUACAUAGCCAUGUAGUUUUGUCACCCAUGAAUUUGUUUUAACCCCUUUUAAAGCCAAUCUUGUUCUUGUAAUGCAAGGGGGAGCAUAAUGUCCCUCUUCUCUCCAUUCUGUGCAAACUAUGCAUAAUUGUAUACUUUCUAGCUCACCCUUUUUCUCAACUAAGCUGCCCCAGCAGUUGUUGUAGCACUAAUUUGUAGGGUAACUGAUGUUUUCCUUCUUCUUUCCACUAGCUUUUCUGUUUUCUUUUCUUUUUUUAAAAAAAAUGUGUUGUUUUUCAAACCUUACUUGCAGAGUCGACUGGAUGUAUAUGCAGCUCACUUUCCAGAUCGAACAUCAUCUAAAAACAUUGUACACUGGAAACAGGUAGAGAGUUUUACACUUUGAAGAAUAGAGUUCUAUGCUUGCAUGUACACUCAAAAUCACAAAUUCAUAUAGGUUUUAUAUAGCACUAAACUUUCAAAGUUCACACCUAAGAAUUACGGAAGAGUUAGUACACUUAACAUUCCCUGGGAAGUCGCUACAAAAAUUAAGCCAUUUUAUGUUUGUACUGUUGUUCUAAUAGGAGUUUAAAUCCUGGUUUUCUUUAUGUAGACAAGAGCUGACAGGUCUUUGCUAAUGAGGAUAUAUAUAUAUCCCUGUAAACCUCUUUGUAAGCUGCCUUUACAUUUCCCACAAUAUUGUAGAUUUAGUUUUCUCAAUGGCAGGGUUUUCACAAUCCUCAGUAAUACGUAUCAUAUAAUAUCUAUGGCUUUCCUAUUAUUUUGAUAGGUAAAACAAACGGGAAGAUUCAGGUGUUUUGACUAUGGGGAUGAGAAUCAAGCAAUAUAUAACCAGGUAAGAGAGAACAUUAUUAUUAUUUUUUUACAGUAAAAUAGAAUGCUGCAUCAAGGACACUUAUUUAGAUUGGGUCUGAAAUGAGACUUGUUGCGUACCAGCACAAUCCAGAUAAUAUUAACCAUUUAGAUUUCUUCCCAGAUGAAAGCUCAGUUAUUUUAUUCAUUUGUUUAUAUACAUCCCACUUUUUCUCGGCAGAGUUCAAGGCAGCACACAUGGUUCUCCUCCUCCCCAUUAUUUCUUGAUAACCACCCUAUGGUGAAGCCUAGAAUGAUUGUGACUGAUCCAGGGUCACUCCAUGAACUUCAUGAAUGAGUGGGGAUGUAAACUUUGGUCUCCAAGUCCUAGUUCAACAAUCUAACCACAAUAAUGCAAUAGCUCUGAGUUAAUGUGAAUAUGAUCACGAAAGGUGUUUUCCUCCACAAGCUGAGAGCAUGGUGGGCACAGGGAUGUGUGUAUUAGCCCCCCCUUCAACCCCACCCUUCUGCUGGAUCCAACCUCAGACCUCCACACAUUUGGCCAAAGUAUGAAGGGAGGUCCUGGAUGUGUGUAGUUGUGUGAUUGUGGUUUCUCUCACAUGACUAGAAGCUUAGAAAUAUGUGAGCGCCAACCCUAUUCAAAGCAUGUUAGAAAACCAUGAGUGUUCCAGUCAGAAUCAAGAAAAACCCAUCCUUCAUAUAAGCCUGUGAACAGCCCACAGGCAGUCUGAAUUGUGUCAAGAUGCUGUCACUAAGAGCACUUGUGUGUUUAUGGGUGUUUAAUGAUCCUCUGUCUUUUACUUUCCAGAGCUUUCCUCCUGAAUAUAAAAUAGAGGACAUGACUGUGCCUACUGCAGUGUGGUUUGGGGGGAAUGACAUAAUUGCCCCCCCAGGAGAUAUAGACUUCUUACUUCCUCGUAUCACUAACCUGAUUUAUUAUGAAAAUAUAUCACACUGGAACCACUGGGAUUUUCUCUGGGGCCUCAGUGCCCCCAGACUCCUGUACAGCAAAAUCAUAGAGUUGAUGGGGAAGUCUCUGUAA